CCGCCGCGCUCGAUGUGGUUGACGCCGACGAGGACUCGGUGCCGUACCCCGACAAGUUCGGGAGCGCGGUCAGCGAGCUCAGGGCGCAGGUCGAGAUGAUGGUUCUGAGCGCGGAUGGGAACGACGGGAUACGGACGUGCGUGCUGCGGUCCAGCAAUCUGUUCGGGCCAGGCGAUUCCAGUCUGGUGAGGUUCGUUGCUGGAUAUGCAAGGUCUCCCUUGGGCAAGUUUGUAAUAGGUAGUGGAGGUAGCAAGUGUGACUUUACGUAUGUGGAAAAUGUGGCACAUGCCAACAUUUGCGCUGAACAAGCUUUAUGUUCCAAUGCUGCUUCUGUUGCUGGAAAGCCUUUUUUUGUUACUAAUGGUGAACCUAUCGAAACAUGGGAGUUUGUGUCCUGCAUGAUGGAAGCCAUGGGCUGCCAAAGGCCCAGAGUUAAUCUUCCUGCCAAGAUGUUAUUGAUUGCUGCCCAGUUCUCCAAUAUGAUCCAUCACAGAUUGGGCUUGCAAAUGUCAUCGACUCCACCUCUCUAUCCUGAUGCAGUAUACUUCUUGUCGCACACAAGAACCUUUAACAUUUCCAAAGCUAGAAGGCAACUUGGGUAUGCCCCAACUGUAUCAUUGGAGGAUGGAAUCAUGAGAACUGCUGCGUCAGUUUCGGAACUACAAGAUAAUUUGGGUAUAUCUAGGAAACAAGGUUCUUGUGGAUCAUCGAAAGCAGAUAAGCUGCUUGGGAGUGGAGUAGCUGCUGAUAUUCUCCUUUGGAGGGAUGAAAAGAAAACCUUCUCAUAUAUCACACUACUGUUUCUGCUGUUCUACUGGUUCUUUCUUUCAGACAGAACGUUUGUCUCCUCGUCUGCCAAAAUUCUUCUAGUGAUCUCCCUGGCUCUUUACAUCCAUGGUGUCCUACCUUCAAAAGUGUAUGGUUUUACAGUAGAGAAGGUAACUCCUGAUUGUUUUGAAGUAUCAGACUCAACAUUGAGGAAUCCAAUCAUGUGCAUGGCUUCUCUAUGGAAUGGAGGUAUUCAUAAACUGAGGGUUCUAGCAGAAGGUGAUGACUGGGGUACCUUCUUAAAGGCUGUUGCUUCCUUGUUCUGUGUCAAAGUAAUGUUGCACUUCCAGUUUAGAACGCUGAUUGGUCUUGCGCUGGCAUCCUUGUUCAUUGUCUUCAUUGUCUACGAACAAUGUGAGGAGGGGAUUGACGCUUUAGUAGCUAUGGCAUCUGUCAAAAUCAAAUCCCUAGUGGACAAAGUUGUUAGAGAUUUGCCGGCGGUUCGAAAUGUGCUGGUCUCUUCGAAGGCAUCGUAUAUUUUACAGAUAAUGUUGGCCAUGACUCUUUGACGCUUUGUGGGCUACACUUUCUUGAUUUCUGCUGCAGUUGUCCAAGAUUCUCGCUCCAACAAGCUUCGGUGAAGUGUGAAGUCCAGCUGACUGGAAUUGAGGAAUGCCUGUUCAUACAUUGGAACAUUUUGUCAAUCUGUGUAGCGUGUAUCUAAUGUUUUCAUUCAAGAACUCCAGCUCCCUGCUUAGUUGUAGCUUCUUACUCGGUACUUCAGUUUUCGUCUCGAAAAGAUGUCUCGUUGAUCACUGACAAAA